AUGUCGGCAAUUCGUUUCACAGUUUUAGCCAUUUUGGCUCUAGUUGCAGUAACUCUUUCAAAUCCAGCUGAAAGAAGUGCACUUUCAUGUAAAAUGUGUGAACUUGCUGUGAAUAAAUAUGUCAAUUCUGCUGACAAGGAUGUUACUGCAAUUAAAAAGGUAUGGAAAUCUUUGCGGUUUUGAUCUACCAAGUAAAAUUCCAGGAUUUCGACGCUGAAUGUAAGACCCUCUUCCAUGCGAUUCCAUUUGCUCCACAAGAAUGUGAACACUAUGUCAACAAUAAAAUCGAUCCAAUCAUCAAGGAAUUGGAAGGAGGAACUGCUCCAAAAGAUGUUUGCACCAAAUUGCAUGAGUGUUAA